GUCCUUGUUUGUUUCCACCCUCAACAUGACGGACUGGGGUUUUCUCAGUGAACUGUUCGGGUCCCUGCAGGCGCACUCACCCAUGCUGGGUCGUCUCUGGCUGCUCCUCAUGCUGGUUUUCAGGAUGCUGAUCCUCGGUACAGUAGCCAGCGACAUGUUUGAUGAUGAGCAAGAGGAGUUUUCCUGCAACACCUUGCAGCCAGGAUGCAAGCAAGUUUGCUACGACCAUGCCUUCCCCAUCUCCCAGUAUCGCUUCUGGGUCUUCCACAUUGUGCUCAUUUCCACCCCUGCUCUAGUGUUCCUCAUGUACGCCAUGCACCACCACAAGAAGCACCAGGUCCUCCGACAAGACUCCACCAUCAGCAUUCGUGCAGCAAAGCUAGACCUCCACCUCAAGCGUCUCUACCUAGUCAACGUGGCCUUCCGGAUGUUGUCCGAGGUGGGGUUCCUGAUAGGACAGUGGAAGCUGUAUGGCUUUCGUGUCGAGGCUCAGUUCCCCUGCAGUCGCUUCCCUUGUCCCUACACUGUGGACUGUUUCACCUCCAGACCUAUGGAGAAGACGGUCUUCCUGCUCUUCUACUUUGCCGUCGGAAUACUUUCGGCCGUCUCCAGCCUGGCUGAAUUCCUUCACAUCGUCUUCAAGCGGUUCACGAAGAGCAGCGAUGGGUUAAAGUCCCUGGCGAGGGAGGAUAUUGAAAUUCAGGAAGCGGUCGGUAAGAAGCAGUUGACCCAGCACGAGAAGAACCAAGCAAGAGCAGCGAAGCCAAGCAGAACCAGGGGAGUGCUGCGGUUCCCUGGACUGACUGGUAGGUCAAGAACCAACACUGGCUCAAGAAAAUCCAUCAUCAGAUGCAAGAACCUUGGAGAAAACCCCCAUCAGAGAAGUGCUGAACUAAUAGUGUGAGGACCAAAAUUUUAAUGUUGUUAAAUGUUCUUAAUGUUGUUUCUACAGUGGUGUAGAAAUCAUUAUUU